CUGACACGUGCUCAUAGUGAGAUGCAAUACACACCGGACUUCGAACCUGUUCAAUCUCAGAAUCCAAGCUGUUCGACUUAUUUCCGGGGAAUCAGGGGUGAUGGUAAUGCGUUUUUUGACGGACCCUGAGAAACUCGAACGCGGCUUGACUUCUGAGAUUUUAUAAAGCUUGCAUCUCCCUGUUAACUUCACUAUGAGCAUUCGUCUCUUUUCACCCUUCUGUUUCACGCCAUGGCUUCAUUCUAUCCCACUCAGUCAUAUGCGAUUACUGACCUAAGAGCAUUUGAACCCCUCCCCGAAGCCCUUCGUUCCACGUCCCUUGUAAUGAGGGUGCUCUGUUUUUUGGCACUUGGACGCCCAAAUCUUGAUGAUCAUUGGAAGUCGCUGCAAUCAGACCAAGCCUUCGAAACCGUUAGGAGCAGGUUGUGCUCUAUCCUAACCAGCACUAUCACCACCGCAAGUGUCCUCCUCGCUAUAAGCGGUGUUUUCGUCAGCACGGGCUCUCCUGUAUCAUACUUCGACUAUACAUUGCCCGUUUCUUAUUGUCUGCUCUUUAUAUCGCUCAUGCUCGCCAUGAUUGCGAUGUUGACGUCUGGCUCGAGCAUGAUACGUUGGCUGCACGCCGAUCGGCACUGGACUCAAGAACAACUCGAGCAAAGCGGCUACUUCGUCUUGUCCUACCUGUUGUCGAUAGUCACGCCUAUAUUCUUCGUCGCUUUGUCCCUACAUUGUUUCAUAUUUGGUGAGUUGUUCCAUCAAAUGAGGCUUUCUCUGGUCCCUCAUGCAUUCCACCCAGCGAUGUUGAUAGUAGGCUUUUCUUCUCAAAGCAUGAUCUGCCGCGCCGUCACUGCGCUCUGGCUGGUCACGUACGCUGUCAACGUCGGGACAAUAUUGAUGGAAGCUAUGUGGAAGUAUGCGACAAGCCUCGAUCACGCUGGAUAACUCUGUCUAUGUUGCAUAUAACUUCCCUGAUGUGUAAGUGAUCAAGCUAAGCUGCGAGAGAUACUAUGUAGUCUUUAGAUACAUUUGCUUUCAAUGAUGGCUUCACUUUCCGAAUCCCUCGACCCAAUAAUACCCCAGUGGGGACUAUCUUUGUUUGUAAAUCUCGAUACA